AGGCUGUGUUGCCCUCCGCUGGCCAUGCGGAACCCCGCCAUCUGGGGCCGAGGACAGACUGAGAGCGGGGAUCACCAUUGGAGGAAUUCCUGGGCACUGCUGAUGGCUUCAGGCCCUGGAUUCCUGGGGGCAGCUGGGUGUGCCUGUACUUCUGUUGACUGUACGUUAGACUGAGCCUCCACACUGUCCUCCUGCUCCAACAGGUCCAGCCAGAUGGCACUUUCCAGAAAGGAAUGCUUUUACACCGACCAUCAACUGGAGUCUGACCGGAACGACAGCAUGGAUGAUCCAGCUGACCAACGUACUUGCCUUAUCUGUGGAGACCGUGCCACAGGCCUUCACUAUGGCAUCAUCUCCUGUGAGGGCUGCAAGGGCUUCUUCAAGAGGAGCAUCUGCAACAAGCGUGUGUACCGCUGCAGCCGCGACAAGAACUGCGAGAUGUCGCGCAAGCAGCGCAACCGCUGCCAGUACUGCCGCCUGCUCAAGUGUCUGCAGAUGGGGAUGAACCGCAAAGCAAUCAGAGAGGAUGGCAUGCCAGGAGGGAGGAACAAAAGCAUCGGGCCUGUUCAGAUCACAGAGGAGGAGAUAGAGCGGAUCAUGUCGGGGCAGGAGUUCAAGGAGGACGUCCCGGAGCACACCUGGGGCAACAACGGAGACAGUGACCACAGCUCGCCCAGCAACGGAGCGUCGGAGGGCAACCAGCCGUCCCCCGCCUCCACCCUGUCCUCCAACCGCUCUGUGGAGAUGAACAGCUACACGGCCGCCCUCAGAGACCAGUACAUCAACAACUCCAUGUCCACACACUACCAGCUUCUGCCCCACCUGUUCAGCUACGCCGCCCAGUCGGGCCUGCUGGCCCCCCAGCCCCGCAGCCUCUACCCCCAGUCCCACCCACUGGUGCUGCAGCUGGUGGCCGCUGAAGACCUGGCCCCCCUGGUAACCCCCAUGCUCAUAGAAGACGGGUACAAAGUGACUCAGGUGGAGCUGUUUGCGCUGCUGUGCCGCCUGGCAGACGAGCUGCUCUUCCGCCAGAUCUCCUGGAUCAAGAAGCUGCCGUUCUUCUGCGAGCUCUCCAUAGAGGACUACACCUGCCUGCUGAGCUCCACCUGGCAGGAGCUCAUCCUGCUCUCCUGCCUCACCAUCUACAGCGCACAGAUCUUUGGAGACCUGGCCGACGUCACCGCCAAGUACACGCCGUCUGACGACGAGCUGCAGGGAUUCAGCGAGGACGGGAUGGAGGUGAUGGAGAGGUUGAUUUAUCUCUUCCGCAAGUUCCACCAGCUGAAGAUCAGUAAUGAGGAGUAUGCCUGCAUGAAAGCCAUCAACUUCCUCAACCAAGAUAUCCGAGGACUGUCCAACACCUCGCAGCUGGAGCAGCUCAACAAGCGCUACUGGUACGUGUGUCAGGACUACACGGAGUACAAGUACCCGCACCAGCCCAAGCGCUUCCCAGAGAUCAUGAUGUGUCUCCCGGAGAUCCGCUGCAUCGCAGGGAAGCUGGUGAACGUCCCCCUGGAGCAGCUCCCCCUCCUGUUCAAAGCAGUCUUGCACUCCUGCAAAUCCACCCUGAGCAGCUAGAGGAGCACCCCCCCCACCCUGCGGGACCGCCUCCUCCGGAAACUAGACCCCUGACCCUCCGAGGCGAGGGACUGGUCUCCCCUCUUGUGAAUGUGACAAGCAGCUAGUUUGUUUUUUGUAACUUUUUUCUUUCUAUAUUUAUUACUCGACAGAGCUGAAUGUAUGCUGAUUUACACUGUGCACAUGCUUCUGUACAAAACAAAUGCUCGUAGAUGCAUUGGUCUUUGGAGUUUACAAGUGUGUAUCCAGUUUGCUCAAUGUGUCAGUGUUGCUAUUGUUAGAGCUAGACUUUAAAAGAGUUUAUUUUAUUCAGACGGGGGCGGAUAGACAUAUGUGACGAGUGUUUGAGAAUACCUCAGGGAAAUGUUGUUGCUAUGUUCAGGUACCUUUUCUUUCUGUUAAAUGAAGAGUUCCCUGGUCAAAAACCGAUUCCCCCAAUCAGAUACUGAGUGUCCACGGGAGCUGCAUAAUCAAAGAUUGCACCAGUGUUUAGCUUCACUGAAAAUGCAAAAGUUGAGCUUCUGCAUGGACUCAGUGGUCCUGCUCGAUGGGAGGCGGGAGUCAGUUGAACAUUCCACGGGUUAAGGUGACAGUUGGAUCUGCGGGAUCUUUAUUGGAAAAAGGAGCAUACGGGUAUUUUUUACAAUCAUAGACUGGGGAUGUAAGGCUUUAUUGUGGGGAAGGGGAGUGUAGUUAGGUUUGCUGUUUUUAGUUGUAUUGUUUUCCUUUUUGACCAAAGUGUUAUGCAAUGCUUUCCCCCCACUGAUGGGUUGGGGCUAAUAGCUCCACAAAAAAGAUUUCUUAUCAAUGAAGGAUCAGGAUAAGAAAUGAAUCAAUCUGUGUCAGAGGGAGACCCCCUGCUGGGCAGACGAGUGUGUUGCCGGAUUUCAUUCUAAAUGCUGCUAAACAUGCACACAUUCUUGUGCACACACAUAUGCAUAGAGCAGAUGUGAUUGUAUUUCCCUCUGAUUCUUUCAGACGGCUUGUUUUCCGUCUGCUCCCUUCAGUGCCAGGAACUUGAUGCAUUGUAGCCUCGACUAACUAUUUAGGGUUCUCUGUUGGGUUAAAGGGGAAGUUUGUGAAAUCUUGGAUUUGACUAAUUAUUCAGAACAAAGCAAAGGUCAGAGAGCCAAUGCUUGGUGUUUUGAACAGGUAGAGAUCUUCAUGGGUCAAAUAAGUCAACCUGACCUACUAGAACCAAAAUGGAACUAACAACAGACACUUGGCGUAGAAUGCUAGCUUCUGUUAGCUCAUCCAGCUUCAAACCCAGAUUAAAAACCACUGGUCCGUUCAAAAGUCUCAUUGGGCAGUUUUAGAGGAACUUGGACUGUUUUCGGGUCUUGUCAGGUCCAAUCAAACUUUUGCACAGACCCAAGACCAGAAUCAGUUAAAGUUGGACCGGAUCCAGAUCCAAGAAGCCCUAGAACAUGUGGAGCUGAGCUUCAGGUCCGAUUGUUUAUUGGCUAAGGUUGGCCAAAAGACCAAUAACCCACAUUUCUUAAUGAACUGUCUAAUCAAAGUUUGCAGAUUAUCAGUUUAAAGGAUGCAACUUCUGGCAGUGUCUCACUGGGGUCGAGGUUCAGAGUUGAAGUGACUUUCCUCUGGCUCUGUGACAGAUAUGCACAUCGUUUAAGCCAUAUAGGAAAUGGUCUUUUAUUUUUGAAGUAUGAGAUGAUCAUUUCAAGCCGCCUGAGGCGUCUUCUUGACUCCUCGGGUUCUUUGCCAUUUCAUGACGUACGAACAAUUUGAAAUGCAUCUUUGCAUCUCUCUUUUUUUGCACACGACGGUGGGGUUCGGAGACCUUGACCUUUGACCCUGACCCAUGCCCACCAUGCCAUGCCAUGUUCCUCUCUCAGGUCCCUGCAGACCUGAAUCUAAACAGGGUAAAGUUAGUGUUAUGUAUUGCAUUCUGGAGUUCCUCAGUGACCAUGCUGAUGUACUUGUAGUAUUAGUAGAUGUAGGUUCCAGGACAUUGUAGGUCCUCAGUAGAAAAGUGUUCCCCCCCCCCCUUCAUUCAGUGGAUGCAGUUUGAAGAUUAGACCUGCAGGGGGAGUUUUCCUCUGGGUGUGGGUGAUGGAGGGAGAGGUCCCUCCUGCAGCGCUGCAUCUUCAUCCUGUCAGCCCCUUCUCAUCUUUUCAUUUUGAUACAGUGUCAUGUUCCUUUUUAGUUAUGAUGUUAAUGUUUUGGAUUUUUGUUGUUUUUCACAUAUUCAUUGUCUUUUGUGUGGACAGGGCAGUGAGGACAGCCCUUGUCAUUUUCUAAACUUUGAAUGAAUGCUUACGUUUUUUUGGACAUGAUUUCUAGUAACAUUCCUUUGUCCACCGUAUUUUAUGAAAAAGUGAUAUACAGGCCAUGUGAGCCAUGUCUCACAUGGACUUGACCUCUUAUGUAUUUUGAAUCAACGCAAAAGUGAUGCUUUGGAGCCAUCUGUGGUUCCAAACUUGAAUGAAUUACACUAAUGUUCUACCACCAGGAUUCUAAGAGCAGCUAAGACGGGUGUGGACAAUAUUUUCUCUCACUAUUUAGUCAAAUGUGCAUCAUGCAUCACACAGGCUUCUGAGGUUAAAGGGUCAGUUCACCUAAAUGACACGAAGCAUUCAAUAUGUUUCCACCUGUAGUUCAGGUUUACUUUGACCUGCCAUCAUCUCUACAAAUGGAUGGUGCAUGGAAUUGAGCUUGUUUUGGGCUGGAAGCAGAAACUGGCAGACCAACACCUCCAAAUCGCCAGGUUACACUGCCGCUAAGUGAGAAGGUAUUUGAGUGUCCAUGUCUUUUGUUGAACUGAACCUAAAAACCACAUAAUCUCAGGGAUAUGUUCUUUAUGUAAAAAAAAAGGUCUGUGCAAUGCGAUGUAUCUUCAAAACAGAACCGGCUCCCCCAGACAUCCUCCUCCACUGUUGGGAAAACGGCUUCAGUUUAGUUUCAAAAGUUGAAAUAAAUAUCAGGUGUUGGUGUCAGACUGUGAGAGCUGUCUCUGCUGCCACGUUGCACGGACGUCAUCAGUCCACCUACUGUGGCUUCACUCUGUAGCAGGGUGGUCAACAACAAAGUCACUUGAUCUCAAAGUAACUCUAGGAAUGCUGACCAUCAGAGUGCUGAGAUCUGGCAGUGGAAGAGGAUAUGAAGGGGGGUCUUUCUUUAAUGUAGCAGCAAAUAUCAAACUGCUCAACACAAAUACCUUACUGCCACAGCUGUGACUUCCUACCUGUCAUAUUUUGAAACACGUGCUGAAGAAGUGUUCUUUUUUAUUUUCUGUAUUUUCUUUUUUGCAGUCAAGGGAAAUGUCAUUUGCAAUUUAUGUACUGAAACUACCUCUUUAUUUGUCAUCAUGUUGCUUACUUUCAAAUAGAUGCAUUUGUUGUCUUAUUUAUUGGUUUCAUUGCACCAAUGUUCUAUUAUUACUGUCUCUUUUUUCCACAGUGACCUCUCAGAUUCAUGAAACGCUCUGAUACCCGUUUUCUUAAUCUUUAUUUUUUUUAAAUGUGUAAACAUGUUGCCUCAUAACCCUCUCUACCUCAGACUCGCCUGCUGUCAGCAGCUUUCUCUUCUCUGACCUCUGGCUGUCUCUCAUCCUCUACCUCUCCUCUCUUUUUUCAUUCAUUUCAUGUCAAAUUAGCGUCAUCUUUAUUUCACUGAUGAAAGAAUGACAAUGUCAGUGUUCUGAUGAAGCAUGGCAUAAUGCAUUCUUGUUGCAGUAACCAGUGCUUUAUUUAGUGUGUUAAGGCCUUGUUACCCUGUGAUUGGCUGUUUGCUGUGUCCACUAUACUCCCCACAUCACGACGUCACAGUGUUAUUCCUCUGUGCUCCAUGAUGGUUCAUUGGUAAGAAAGACAUGGAGUGCUAGCUGUUUGAUAUCAGACUCUGUCAAUGCAGCGAGUGCUGGAUCAUCCAUCGUGUUUACACGCCUCGCUCGCUGCGGCACGGGACUACAGAUAACCGUCUUAUCUCUGGGGUUGGACAUGGAUGGCUUUUGAACAAAUGCAGCCAGCCUAAAUGACUGAUGUGUAACGUCAUGACACCCAACUAUUGUAAUCAUCUUCCCAACAUUCUGGCUCAUAUUUGCAUUUUUGAAGGAGCACGUUAAAGGCAUACUUCAACCCUAAGAUGACAGUCUGUCAAUGAGCCGCCCCCUGUUACCUUGCAUUCAUGAAGAAAGUGUCUGGCAUGCCUCCACAGGGAAGGACAAAGCCAGCCUUGAUGAAUGAAAGUAAAUAGGGUAAGAGCUGAAUUCAACAACAGCCAACAAACAAGUACAUUAUUUAGGGGUUGACGUUUUCCUUUAAUCAAUGUAUUCCGCUGCUGUGGUCAGGGAGAACCCAUCAUCCAGCUGUCCUAUAACUGGCCAGUUCGGCAAAGCCACAUGUCCAGCCCCCCCCCACGUCAGCACUGUCAGAAACCUGAGCAGAGGAGCUCUGCAGCACUCGGUUACAGAAAGAUCUUGUCAUUGUUGAAUGUUUCCAUACGAAGUCAUGACAUUAAUAAUGUUCAGCAACAAGCAUUUAGUUGCUGCACAUUAUCAGAGCUCUUACUAUGACCAUGUGCUCCAAAGCUCCUCUGUUCAGACCCUGCUGUCAGGUCUGAGCCCCCUGCACACGAGGAGAGAGGCUGGGAGAAGUCAAGAACAGUCGUGACAUAUCUCAGGGAAGAAAGAGAUGUACACACCGUCAUCACCUGUGAACAGACAAUUGAAAUGCUUUUCUCUUCAGAAAUCUCUUGUCUGCUAUUGUUACUUUAACUACCUGUGAAGAAUGUGAUCCAUUACGUGUUAAAAGCAUGUUUAGAAUGUGUUAGAACUUGAAACCAAAUAAAUGUGAACGUUAUGCAAAUGUA